GCUGCAUUCAAAACACACAACGAAAAAGAUAUUUAUUGCACUCUUCUUUUCGUAUAUAUAUAUUUGAAAGAAACGCGAGGUCGUUGCGCGGCUGUUGUCCACUCCCUCUUCCAGCUAUCAGUGUCACACAGUGAGUCGAAAUUGACGGGGGGCAUUCGAAGCAACGUACGUCCUUGGUGGGUGUUUUCCUUCUUUCUCCCUUUCAGCGUACACGCUGACCAUUCCCCUUUCAAGCGACAACUUUAAAGCAUACCUUUAGCUGUUCCCCUGCUUCGAAAGUCAUUUCAGCAUGUUCUCGCAAUCAAAACAGGGGAGCAUGUUCUCCCUGGGCGGCCCGAUGACCGCAGCAAGCAACAAGAAAUCUGCGAAGCCGCUGAGCCAAGCUGAGAGGUACGAGCAGGCCCUCGUGACGGCGAACGUUUUUUUGGAGGAUAGCCGCGCCCGCAUGACCAAGUCUAGGGAGGCCUACGCGGCCGUCGCCAAUAGCAACUACUGGUUCUACGGGUACUUUGGCGGCAACAUGGUCGCGACGAUGGCUGUCUGUCUCGCGCUGGGCAACCGCUGGGCCUUCUUCCGCAGCUACAGCGGCUGGAUCGCGCUUGCGGGCGGCUACUUUGGCGGUAGAGGCUGCCUCAACGUGCACUCCUCCAUCUUGCUGCGCGGUGUGGUGCAGCAGCUGGAUCACGAGGUGGAGGAGGCGGUGCGAAUGGACGAGCAGACGGAACACAUCGUGCCGGACUACCUGCGGGAGGCGGAGCGGCUGAAGGCGUUGAAGUACGAGCUCGUGGCGACGUCGCCAGAGGCGGUGGAGGCGCGCUCUCGUCACACCGAACUGACGCUGGACGACCGCGCUGAUGCCCUCGUUGAUGCGUUCUUGAAACGCAAGGAGGCCUUGGAAAAGAAGUAA